UCAACCAUCAUCGAUGCUCUUCGGGAGAGGUACCUAACACCUGAAGAAGCUGCACUUGCGUACUUCUACUUUGACUUCAACGAAAGCCAGAAAGGCAAAGCUGAUUCCUUGAUUCGUUCAUUGGUCGCCCAACUUUAUGGCCAGGCGUCACAUACUCCUGCCGGGCUGGAAAAACUGUUCAAUGAAUUUCAGAACACUUCAUUCCAACCGCCCUUGGCCAGUCUCGUUCAGGUUCUCUCCCAAAUCAUCACCUGCUUUCCGAAAGUUUAUAUUAUCAUCGACGCGUUAGACGAGUGUGAAGAGUUGGACGAGAUUCUGGAUAUCCUUCGCGUGGUACAAGGCUGGAAAGAGAAUCGUCUGCAUACAAUUGUAACAAGUCGAGAUCUGGUAGACAUCAGAAAUUCGUUAUCUCAGGUCGUCACCGACACUCUCUGUGUCGAGACUUCGAAUAUUGGCCAGGAUAUCUCGAUAUACAUCGCUGAAAGGUUAGAAGUCGACUCCAGACUCGUUAGGUGGCCACCUGAAAUCCGUGACAUGAUACGGAAAACGCUCAUGGAUAAAGCACACGGGAUGUGAGUACGAUUUCUAAAUGGGGGAAGCUGGUAUUAACGAAAAUGAAAAGGUUUCGAUGGAUUGAAUGCCAACUGGAUAGUUUGAGAAAUUGCCACACCAUCAAGGAUCUUAAGAAAGACUUAGAUGCCCUACCCAAAACACUUGAAGAGACAUACGAGCGGAUACUGCUUCGCAUAGACGAAAGGGACCGAGAAGCUGCCUUGAAGCUCCUGCGGUGGGUAUGCUUUGCAUCUCGUCCUAUAACACUAAAAGAAGCUACCGAGGUCCUCGCCAUAAAUGCAGAUGAACAGCUUUGCUACGACCCUGAUCUGAAGCCAAUUGAUCCCCAAGACAUCAUGUUCCUAUGCUCAACGCUGCUCACAAAAGCCACCAUCCGUGGUAAUUCGGGUAUACGGGCAUACGAAGGUGGUUACUAUUCCAAUCACGUAGAUACGCAAUUAAUUAGACUAGCUCAUCUCUCAGUGAAGGAUUAUUUGAUAUCGGACCGGAUAAAGAGCUCUAGAUUGUCAUUCUUUGCUCUAGAUACCCAGCUCGCAAACACAACCAUAGCGAGGUCGUGCCUUUUCUAUCUCCUACAACCUUCAUUAGAACCAAACCACCGCGACAAGGUAGAUCUCAGGCACCGUUUGAAUAAGUGGCCUCUAUAUAACUACGCCGCGAAUUUCUGGCCUUUCCACGUCAAAGAAUCAGCUCACGAAGACCUCGAACACUCGACCUGGAAACUCCUCAACCAGUUCCUAAGCACCCGUAACACAUCAAACGGAGGGCAUUAUUUGGGCUGGAUAAUUUACCUUACUCCAGGAAUCAGCACGGAACUCGCGAAACGCACACACCCAAUAUACUACGCUGCAUCAUUUGGUAUCAAGUCUUUGGUUCGACAUUUCAUUAUCACAGACCCCGAUCUUGAUAUCAAUUCAACAGGAGGACGAUUUGACUCCACUGCUCUCCAAGUCGCGGUAUAUCGGAAACACCCUGAAGUUGUUAAGCUUCUGCUGGAAACGAAAGCGGAUCCGAAUAUACGCAAUAGUUUGGGGGAGAGCUGUAUGCAAUGGGCUGUUACUCUGCGCAAUAAGGAACUUCAAGGGCUUUUGAAGAGGUAUGGAGCCUGGAAUUAGACGAGAAAACUCUGGUAUAUAGCUGGAAAAUGGAAUGGGUGACGGUCCUUCGAGCACGUGAUAUACCCCCCCAUAACCGACCUCGGGACUGUAGUUGUGUAGUCAACGUGCCAUAUCGACCCAUAUUAUUAUGA